UCAAGUGAAUUUUAGUACACGCCAUUAUAACCCUUAAUGGCUACAAUUAUACCUUAUAAUAGCAUUAAAUGCAUGAGUCACUUUUGGUUGAACUAAAUAGGUAUGCGUCAUCGAUUGACAAUCGUCAAUCUAAAGAUCAUAAUUGUAAUACUUAGAUAAUUUAUUUAGGAUUAUAGGACGAUAGCUUUCUAAUCCAAAAUUCUUGUCCAAAAGCUUACGUAAUCACCUCCAUCUUAUGUAUGUCACGACUUGAUCGCUCUAUGGCCUUCGCGCGUUAAUAAAAGGAGUUGCGCGCGCGCGGCCGCCUCAUUUCGUCGACAACGAUCUAGCGGCGCGGUCGCCUAUCGCCAUGGCUAAAGAAGACUUUAUGAAGAACGUGCUUUACGUUGUCAACAUCAUCUUCGCCGUGUUCGGGCUGGCAACAGCUAUCACAGGAAUAUGGUUUUUCGUGCAGCUCAUGGAAUUCGUCCGCCUUCGGAAUAUGAACCAUUACUUACUCGACUGGAGAGUUUACUGGCCUCAAGUGGCGCCAUGGCUGUUUAUCAUCUUCGGGGUCAUGAUCAUCAUCAUCGCCUUCUGUGGUUGGUGCGGCGCGCAGCGGGAAAGCAGAGGAAUCCUCGGGAUUUAUGGUGGAUUCCUGAGUUUCCUGAUCCUGUUCCAAGUGCUAUCAGCAGUGCUUAUAUUUGUGUAUGUGGAUGGUGAAGAUACUGACCGUUUCAUUAAGGAUACAGUGUACGAUGGAUUCUACAACAUACAAAACAACCAGGAACACGCGAGGCAGUACGAGUGGAUCGAACGGAAGCUGAAAUGUUGCGGUGCCAACGACGCAAGAGAUUACCGAGCUUUUAGAAAUGAUCUGCCUUUGUCAUGCUGUCAUGACAGUCUUUACAAAGCCUUGUGUGACUUCACGGAUAAGGAAGCUAACGAAAGAGUGGGUUGUGCUAAAGUGGCUGCAGUGUACACCAAGAUCAUCAGCUCUUCCGUCGCCGCUGCGUCGCUACUUAUGAUGAUUCUCGAGAUCGUCGGAGUGGCGAUCGCUUGGAGACUAUUCCAUCUGUUCCGGGAGGUGGAACAUUAUAUCCCAGAGAAGAAGGAAGGUGAGACCGAGUGCUAGUAUUAGUUGUGGUUAGCCAGUAUUAUACCGCCGACUUAGUAUAUCCGACACGAAUCCGACGCGACUGCAGUUUUAACUAUGCAUAUCUGCAUGUUGUUUACAAUAAUAAACAUAGAAUUCUCAACUUAAAGUGUUACAUUGUAAGGUUCAAAAUAAAUGAAGUAUGACAAUGGAAUAUGCCGAUAUGCAUAAUUAAUUUUAGAUUGCUGCAUUUAGCAUCAAGUUCCCACGUCUCCUUGAUCAAGGAAAAUCAGGCAACUUGUUUAUGUUAUCGUAAUUAUUAUUUAAUUAUUAAGAUCUCCGCAUUCCUUCGUGUCUUAGUUAAGAUUAUGGUUAAGGUCUUUAAUUGCCAUAAUGAAAUCGACUGUUGAGGUCAAAAUGCCAUCGCCUUGAGUGGUUUUAAUCAGGAUCCUCCUAACUCAAUCAUGUAUAUUUAGGCAAUUGAGUGACUUAAGUCCAUUAACACAUCCUUGAAAUUGAGCUGUAUUACUUUCAACCUAAGGUUGAAUUUAGCAUUAGUAGUUUAAAGCCUUAAGCUAUGCGACCUCGCGCCCCUCCAAGUCGUGACGAAUUAUAAAACCAUUCGAGUAUGUACCUCGUCCAACGUUGAUUUCGCAAGACUCGCUCCAAGUUGCUUCGAAAGCGAGCGCGCCAUGGACAGGUAUAUGUUGUACUUGCCUCGAAGGCCUUCUAUGAGAAAAUGUUUGACCUCAAAUAGAACUUAGAACUUAAAUGCAGUAUCUUUGCGAGUUUCUAUGGAACUUUCCGACUGUUUUGUUAAGGCGAUGGUGUUUUGUCAUGUUAUUAGCGAUGUGUGUUUGGGAACCCGACUGGUUCUAAGGCAGUUACGCAAUGUGUUCUUCUGAAUGAUAAUUUAUUGGCUUCGAUGAAGCAUGUUUUGAAAUAUCAAAGUGCCAACGUAACCAUGUUAUUUGGUUGCGAUUAUGCAAUAGAUUACGCAUCUUUAUAUUUAGAUAUACAUAUAUAUUUUUGCUACAUUCAUUCUCCGUCCAUAUUAUUGUAUAUUUUGGACUAGAAUAAGUUUUUUAUACCUGCUCAUAUGGACUUUAGAUGUAACAUAUGUAUACCACCUUCUGUAGAAUAUUUUCGUAAAUGUUAUCGCAUGCCAAAGAAACAUAUAGGUACAAAUAUAUAUCGAAUCAUAUAAUUUAUGUGUUAAAGAAAUAUUUUUUGCAUGCAAAAACUAUACACGUGUUAGGUAAGAUAGUUUUAAGUAUAUAAAUCACAAUUAUGAAAUGUAUAUAAUUAUUUAGAUUUUUAUACAUAACAAAGGAUAUAUUUUAGAGAAAACUGCAGACCUCUCUAAAGUAUAUCUGGAAUGCCUAGUCUUUAAGUUACCUUUUUGUUGUGAUGUGUCAGAAAUGUGUAAUAAAUGACAUCUUACUAA